ACACCACACUUGACGGUGACGGACGCAUAGAGGGAUCCUGAGCGAAUUUAAUCUGUUUUUUACGAGAAGUUCUACGGAUUUCAAAUCCAAAGGAAGACAAAAUGAAGUCUCUGCUCUCCGUGGCCGUGCUAGUUGCAGUCCUGGCAUGCUGUUAUGCCAAAGUCUCACAUCCCAAAGUCCAGAUCUACAGCCGUAACCCAGGAGAAUAUGGGAAGGACAACACGCUGAUCUGUCACGUCAGCGGUUUCCACCCCCCAGACAUCACUAUUGAGCUCCUGAAGGACGGCCAGCCAAUCGGUGGGGCCAAGCAGACAGAUCUGGCGUUCGAGCAGGGCUGGGACUUCCACCUCACCAAACACGCGCCCUUCAAACCCCAGCAGGGCGAGCAAUACACCUGCAAAGUUACACACAUGAAGAGCACCAACAGCUACACCUGGGAGGCAGAUAUGUAAAUGGUGUGGCGUGUGUGGGGUUUCCUGUGACAGCUGCUUUUCAACUUCCUGUCUUCAACUUCGUCAAUAGCUCCCAAUCAGAACAUAACAUAUACAUGGCUUUCCUGUCUUUUUCUUCAGUUAAAUUGAAAUUGUAAUGAGUAACUGUCACACUUCAUGCCUUUUCAGACUGCUUUGUACAGUUCCACCCAAAAACCCUGUGUCUGAUGACUCAGGCACACAUGCUUAGCUUAAAGCCCACAGUUUUGACAACACAGAGCCCAGGCUUCCACUCAACGUUUUGUUUUGUUGAUUUAUCGGCUUCUGUAAAAAAAAAAAAAAAAAAAAAAAAAAAAAAAAUGAAAACUGGACCCCCUAAACAGUGCUGGUGCUAUUUUACCAAGGUUAAAAUAGCACCAACAAAAAGUAGAUGUCAGAUGAUAGGAUUUCUGGGUGGAAAUUUGCUUUAGCACAGCUGAUCAAAACUAGUGGCCAGAACUAGUCACUGCAGUUCUAACAAAGGUUUAUCUAUUACAAACAUGCUCAACCCUUUCAUAAUUUAGUCAGUUAAGGGUGUUUAUGAUGUGUGCUAGAAUAUAGUAUCAACUGUGUUUGGGGAAUUUUUAGGGCUUGUAAUAUUACAUUAGCUUUCCUGUGUAUAAAUAAAUGUGUUACCAGUUAAUUUUGAUAACUCCCUUUGAAACUUUGCACUAGUUCACCAAAGGCUUCAUUCCCAAAAUUGUCUGAACACUUAAAAUAAUAAUAACUUCAAUUUGAUUAUUUUGAUUUUGAUUUGAUUUUGUCCUCUCCAAGAGUUACGAAUGUUGGUUCUCUUGUUUCUUCCAAAUAUCGGGACCCUUUCCAAAAACUCAGCGGACAUGAGAAAUGGGCAGAUGUGCCCUAGUAGAGGUUCAUGAAAACGAUUCUCAUUAGGAUAUUUGUAGCUUUGAUAAUGAGGUCUCAGGCACUUUGAAUUAUGAGGAGCAUAAAUUAGCAGAGAUGUAAUUGAGAGAUGUGAUCGAGUCUUGUUAAAAAUUAAUAAAAGGUUUCCAACCCCCCA